AUGAAGGUUCUGGCAGUACUAUGGACAUUAUGCCUGGUGAGGUUUUGUAGCGCAAUUUGGUGUUGUGGAAAGAGUAAAACCAGUGAUGACGAUAAUGGAGUUUAUGGUGGAUCUGCGGAAAAUCUCAGAAGUCCACCUACACCUGUCACUACUAUUCCAAAUACUUUAGAUCUUGCCAAACCGAAUGAAUCCAAGGUAAAAGUAUACAAAGAUAGUAAGAAUGGAGUGGAACAUACUACAUAUGAUCCGAAACGUGGUUCCAACAUAACCUCGGUUGUGGAUGGAGAGGCUAAACUUUGUGCUAUUCCUGGGGGUGAAAAGCUGCUAUCAGCAGAAGUAUCAUCAAAUGGAGAGUCUUCACUACUUCUCGUUUCUUCUGCAGCUCGUGGAAGAGUUAGCAAAAGGCACUUUGAGAAGCUUGGUGGGCAAUGGAAGAACGUUACUGAGGAACACUACAGUCGUAAACUUAAUGCAUUGGAGCGAAGAUUUUUAUCGGAAGCUAAAUGA